AUGGCAACCACUCUUUUGAAUGCACUCAACUGAAAUAAAUGGCUAGCGCGGGGAUCAAAGGAAUCCCAACGGCUGAAACCAUUUUAAAAUUAAAACUAAAAAUAUCUGACAUUUGAAACAUUUGAGUAUAUUAGUGACCAUUGAGUUAAUUUGUUAAAAUGCCUGAUGAAGAUUCUUUAUCUGUCAACAGCCUUUUCGUUGAACCACCCAAGCAACACAAGAGUUUCAGCCUGAGAAAACGGAAAAAAGAUCAAGAAGACAGUGUUAGCACACACUCACUUAAUUUGGGAGAUGAUGAAGGUCCUAGUAAGCGCAAAAAGAGGUUGGGUAGAGUAGCCUCGUUGGCCAACAUUUUCACUUCUUCUGGAAAGCCCCUGCAGAAUGCCAAGCAAGCACUCAAGAAAUCCAUUAGUGGAAUGCUUCAUCCAUCUGUAAAAGAACCAGCACCUCCUCAAGAAAGCCAACAUUCACCUACUCCUUCUGUUGUGUCAAUUCCUUCAUCACCAGCCCUUUUGAGAACAAGAGGAAGCAUUGUUUCAUUAAGCAGACUAUCGGGUUCCUCCAAUCUUACACCUUAUCGCCCACCAGCUCUGACUCCAACAAAACACAGAAUUAUACACUUGUGGAGUGAAACAUGGGGAAAAACAACGGCAUUAUCAUUAAAUAAUCAAGAAUUAAAAAGACAAGAGACUAUGUAUGAAUUAUGGCAUGGAGAGUGUGAUCUGAUAGAAGAUAUUUCAAUGUUACAGCGAAACUAUCAUGAUUCACUAUUACGCCUUGGAUUGAUCACACAAAGUGAAGCUGAACAAAUAUUUGGUGGGAUCCAUUCACUGUUGCCAAUCCAUUCCGAACUUAAAGAAGAACUGACAAAAGCCAAAGGGCCUGAUGGCUCUGUUGAAUCUGUGGGAAAUAUACUCCUCAAAUGGGUACCAAAACUGGAAAUCUAUGUGAUUCACUGCGCCAACCAAAUCAGAGCGAAAAGUGUUUUAGAUGAGAAAAGAUCAUCAGAUCCCCGCGUUGAAGAUUUCCUCACACGUUGCCUGGAAUCCCCUUUCUCACGUCGCCUGGAUGUCUGGAGUUAUCUUGAUGUUCCUAGAUCUCGUCUAGUGAAAUACCCUCUGCUAAUCAAGCAGAUCCUCAAGUUCACUCCGGAUAAUCAUGGUGACCACAAAGUGCUGGAGCAAGUCCUCCGAAUCCUUACAAACAUAUUGGAUCGAGUUGACAAAUCAACGGGACUCGGGCGCUGUAAGCAUGUCAUCAGCCAGAUCGAUGCAUCCGAAGAAAUGAGCCCCGUUUUGACAAGAGCUACGACGCUCAUUUGCGAUGGACCUCUGAAGACCAGCCAGGGCUUGAAGUUGCAGUGUUUCCUAUUCGACAGUGGACUGGUCUUGACUCGAUCACUCUCCAACAAUCGACUGAGUCUGUACAAAACGCCUUUCGAAGUGGGGCGAUUCAAAGUGGUCGAUUUGGGCACCAAAGUCGGCCGCAACAAUUCGUUCCUGCCGGGCUCUUCGGGCAGCGGUCUUGGAACCAAGCACGUUUUUAAAGUGGAGACGUUGACGGAUAAUGCCACGCUGGUGACGUUCAACGAGCACAACAAGAAGCAGUGGAUGCUCGGUCUUCAUCGAGUGGUAGAAGAAUGGCAAUCGUCACACAUCCACAUCAAGGAGACGAGUGAUCUUGACAGCCCUCGCAAAGCGCCCAAAAUCAAGGCCAGCUUGAAUAUCCGCGGAGCUAAUCGGCGCAAUUUAUUGCCUCGCGGAAAGUUGCAGGUGGUGAGUGCACCGCAACUUCCCCGUCAACCUAAUACUGGGGGGCAACAACCAAAUCAACCGACGCCUUCUCUCCAGCAGCCCGUCCGUUUCCUUCGAUCCAAAGGUUCCAUCUGUCUCAAUCAAACCUUGAGUCCCGAAACACACCGUAUCUGCACACGUUCUUGCACCAGUCUGAGAAACUCAGUUCAACCAUGAAACUUAUUAUUAUUUUUUUUUUUCGUUUUGUAUUUGCUUCUCAACAAUCUUCAUCAACAGCGGAGUAUUAAGGCAUCCGUUUUGUAUACUUUUCCUUCUUUUUUUUCAAAUGAAAUGAAAUACAUCUUGCGUCUAUCUGCCAAAUAGAAAGCUCUUUUGCUCAA